AUGACCUCUCAGUGGCAGGGUAUGAAGGCCUCAGCGUGCCGGCGAUCAAUCCUAAAGGAUGAGCCCUCGGAGGAGAUGCAGUCUGCUACCUGCCAUCUGGAGACGACCACAGGAGCCCUGGGCUCCCUGUGCAGACAGUUCCAAAGGAGGCUGCCCCUCAGAGCAGUCAGCCUCAACCUGGGGGCAGGCCCCUCCUGGAAACGCCUGGAAACCCCAACCCCAGAGCCAGAGCAGCAGGGCCUCCAGGCUGCAGCUCGCUCAGCUAAGAACGCCUUGGGCGCCAUGUCUCAGAAGAUCCAGCAGUCCUGCCAAAGUGGCACUAAGUGGCUGAUGGAGACUCAGGUGACAGCCAGGAGGAGGAAGAGAGGGGUGCAGAAGGGCAGAGCCUCCCCACCCCCCAACCUGAGCCAGAAGAACACCAGGCUGUCUGGGGCUGCCUGGGACCCUCGGGAGAGGGAGCACCGCCACCCCUCUGCCCAGGUGGGCACACGAGCACACCAGCGACGGUGGCUGAGGAGGGAGGCUGCCUUCCGAAGCCCCUACUCCUCGACGGAACCUCUCUGCUCUCCCAGUGAGUCUGACAGUGACCUGGAGCCUGUGGGUGCAGGAAUCCAACAUCUCCAGAAGCUGUCCCAAAAGCUGGAUGAGGCCAUCAUGGCUACAGAGAGUGGUAACAUGGCCGUCCCCCUCAUUCAUGACUGA